AUGUCGACCCAAAAUUCAAGCGCACCUGUGUAUGUCAAUCCAAUGCUAUUGCAAGUACCCCGUCUCUUAAAUAUUUAUCUUGGCACUUUCAUUUUAAUCACAGGCACUAUCAGUAGUAUUGGAAACUUUCUGGUAUUUAGUUCUGGAACCUUCCGCGCGCGAGCUUGUUCUAAUUACUUAAUAGCGGAAGCAAUAGCCGCAUUUUUUCAUUUUGAUUAUGUGUGUCUCACACGGGUUAUUCAAAACGGUUUCCAGAUUCCUGUUUUCAGCCGUUAUUCCGUCGCUUGCAAAACACGACAAUGGGUUUCGGAAUUUACACAUGAAACUGCAUUUAGCUUAUUUGUAUUGGCUACGAUCGAUCGAUGUCUAUCUACUCACCGCUCCGCUAGGUAUCGCGCAUGGAGCAAUCGUAUAUCUCUCACGUACAAGUUGAUUCCAGCAGUUGUGAUUUUCUGGUUUCUAUGGACUAGCCACCGGUUGGUAUUUUACACAAUCAGUGGUGGAGUUUGCGGUCCUAUAGGGGGCACUUACGAAAAAUUUGACGCCUAUGCUGAAACACUUACGUCAGGCGUUCUACCAAAUAUAUUUGUGAUAGUAUUGGGUACUAUACUUCUGAGAAAUGUUCGAAGUAUUUCUCGAAGACGAAUAGUACCUACUGGAGGACCGCAACCCAUCAAUGAAAAGCUUUCACUUAUUCAACAAAUCGACGCACAAAUAUCAACUAUGAUACUACUACAAGCAUUUUUUGCUCUCCCUUCAUUUUUACCUUACGGCGCUCAAAACCUUUAUUCCAGCAUUACUCUACAUUGGGAAAAAACACCACUAUAUCUCGCAUACGAGAAUAUUUUUGUUAACCUUAUACGGCUUCUCUCCUAUCUAUUCUAUGGUACAAGUUUUUAUAUAUCUUGCCUAUCCAGUCGUGGCUUUCGUAGACANGCAUCAUACUGGACAUGCUCAAUCUUGAAUCUCAUCAUAUAUAAUAACUAG